AUGCACACAUGGAGCUAUCAUGAAUAUGCUUCUGCUAUUGAUAGCCCAAAUGUUCACUCAAGUUUGGUUUCUACAGAAAAUUUUGAGGUCACCUCUCCCUGGAAUGUAGUGGGGAUUGUCGGCCAGGACACAAUCCUUCCUUGCCACGUUUCUUCUACAAAGCCACUGGACGAUAUUGAAGUGCGAUGGAAGAAAAUCACAGAUGGGCAUAUAGAGGAUAUCCACAUAUACAGGCAGUCUGGUGGCAAACCAGCACAGAAAUACCUUGGGCGGACAUCGUUGCUAACAGAUGGAUUUGCCACUGGGAAUGUGUCCCUAACAUUGAAGAACGUCCAGCCAGCAGAUGAAGGAACAUACAGCUGCUUUGUGAAGUCCAGGGACUGGAGUGCUGAUACAACCACUGUGCUCAGCAUUGCAGGAGUUGAGAAAAACACUCAGGAUGCAGAUCGUGGUGAUCUGAAGAUUCGAUGUGGUAAGAGACCAUUUACAGUGGAAAAUGGAAAGGGUGUUGGCAUUGUGGAAAACAGACAGACCUGCACUGCCCUUGGAAAGGCAGAGGUGCAAGCUGUCUGUGUCCUGAUGCUAUGCACUGACCAGAGAGCUAGAACAGUCAAGCACAAGCCCUCCACCCAGACACCUAUCAUUGAGCGCCAGCUGCCCAUUGUGGUGGGGAGGGAGGGCUUUGCCUCUGGGCACCAUUACUGGGAGGUGCAGGUGUGGAAUGGGCUGGACUGGGAGCUGGGGGUGCUGACAGAGACUGUGAGGGGGAGACUGAAAGAGAGGAGCUGGGAGGAACUCCCUGAGGAUGGGGUCUGGUCGCUGAGAAGGGUGAACGGGGAGUACUGGCCUGAGGAGGUCAACACUGUGAUGCAGAGUCAAACUGUCCAACUACCAGUGGUUGGGCUGGACUUGGACUUAGAGCAGAGCACGCUCUCCUUCUACAACACUGGGGCUUCAGACCGCAUCCUGGAAAACUCCAUCAAAGCGUCAACAAAGCUGUACCCAUUCCUCAGGCCAGGCCUUGGUGAGGCAGGAGAGAUGGGCAAACCCCUCACCAUCAACCACAACGCAGACUGGGACUUCCCCCAAACAGUCUUGCCAUAA